AUGUCUUCUUUCAAAGAGAAGGAACGCUUUAAGGAACAACAGGAACAGUUUCAGGCCAUACUGUCAGCUUUACUGAAAGACGAAGACAAUAAAUAUUGUGUAGACUGCGAUGCUAAAGGACCUCGAUGGGCAUCAUGGAACAUUGGUAUUUUCCUGUGUAUACGCUGUGCUGGUAUACAUCGGAACUUGGGUGUCCACAUUUCCAGAGUCAAGUCUGUCAACUUGGACACAUGGACACCAGAACAGAUUGCGAUGAUGCAGGAGAUGGGAAACAGUAGAGGAAGAGCGGUGUAUGAAGCUAACAUCCCUGAUGGCUUUAGGAGACCACAGACAGAUUCAUCAUUGGAAGCUUUUAUAAGGUCAAAAUAUGAACAGAAGAAAUAUAUAGCACGGGAGUGGAUACCCCCACAACCAAAGAUACCAAAAGAGCUUGUGGCCGAGCGGUGGUUAGAUGACCCAAAAUCAGACAAGAAAAAGGCUAAAGCCAAACCUGUGACAACACCACUGCAGUUGACAAAUGUGCCCAAGCUGACCAGUAAAGCUAACGACUCUACACCACCAGGAGACUUUGCUAAACCCACACAAGGACCCAAACCUGAAGUGAAAGUUCCCACCAGGACAGAGACUGUCUCACAUUCAGCAUCUAAUGACCUUCUAGGAUUAGAUUUAGGUUCACAUCAUACAAAUGCUCACCAGGCUGCAGCCCCGCCACCGUCCUCCGGGAAUAAUGAACUGCUGGAUCUGUUUGGGGGCCCUCAGAUGUCACAGCCGGUCACCGACAAUGUCCCUGCGACAUCCAGCAGCAGUGACUUGAUGAAUGGAGCUUCUGAUGGAAACCUCUUUGGGGAAGACAAAUCCGCCGGAGCAGGAGGGAGUGUCAAAACAUCUGCUAAAGACUCCAUCAUGGCCCUGUAUGGGGGAGCAGGCACCACUUCUCAGCCACAGAUGUACGGCGUACCAGGUGGUGUGUACAUGCAACAGAACCAGCCCGUAUACCCAGGGAUGAUACCACAGCAGCAAAGCAUGAUGGGAAUGCAGGGCAUCCGGCAACAAGGCAUGAUGGUCCAGCCUCAAGGAAUGGGCAUGAUGGGACAGCCUCAAGGCAUGAUGGGACAGCCUCAAGGCAUGAUGGGAAAUCCUGCCAUGAAUCCACAACAAGUGGCCAUGUACAAUAGUUCGAUACUGGGAGCAAAUGCAGCCAUGUACUCACCGCAGCAGAUGCAGCAGUUGCAGUUCCAGCAGAUGCAGCAGCAGAUGACCUCCCUCAAGCUGGGCGGGUCUCAGAUGGGUGCAGUACCCCAACAGACAGCAGGUGCCGGUGGCUGGGGCCAGCCGGGUCCGGGACAAACAUUAUCCACAAACUUGUGGCAGUGA